AUGAACCGCAGAGCAACACAGUCAUGCGCGUACCCACUCUGCACGCUCCUAGGCUCAGAUAACUUGCGCUGCCGGCGUUGCCAAACGGCGUACUACUGUACCCGGAUUCACCAACUUAAUGAUGCCCAACGCCACAACGCACAGUGCGGGAAGCCCCCUGCAUCACCGCCGCGACAACAACGUCCAGGGAUACGCGAUCUUGACGUUCUUCUUUUCCCGACCGAUGAAGACGCCCCACGGGUCGUGCAGACCGAGUGCCGCAUCGACGGCUUGCCCGGCGACGAGACCCACCACAUCGACUUCUCCGCCCUCCUGCACACACUCGCCGUAACCUCGCAGCCCGUCGGGCCCAUCGAGCCCUCCGCCGGACCCGGUGCUUCAAGUACACGACUCUACCUGGCAUUCGACGACUGCUUCGCGAUCGACGAUGCACCACCCAACCGUGCCGCCCGCGCGCUCACCGGUGGUCGCGCACACACGCCGUGGGCGGGCACCCUCAUCGGGUACCGGGCGCGUGAGCCUGCGGCGGAGUUGACGCAGUUCGAGGACGUGGGCAUGGCGGACGUUCCUGCGUUCACUGCGUUUUUGGCCCAUCAC